AUGUCGCGGCAUAUCAAGCGGCUUACGCUCACCUCCAAGAAGAAUUGGUGGAUGGUUGAGCUCGACGAAGAGGCCGAAAGCUCGCCUUCGAUCGUACCUCCGCACUCCGCCACACCCGGAGAGAACACUCCACAACACACCCAGCAGCGCACCCAGCAGCGCACCCCAAGACAGCUGCACAGACAAACCCCCCGCACGUACGAGUCCACUUCCCACUCCUCAGCGCCCAUCUAUCGCCCCCCGACGAACCCCACUCUCGUGCCCAUGGCCGCCGGGUCCGCGUCAGAACUCUUCCAGUGCGUGGUCAAGAAGCCGAACGUGGUGCAGAUCGAGAUCAACGGCGAAAUGCAGUCGAACGCGCGGGACGUGACAACCCAGUUCCUCGCAGAGCUCCGCGUGUACACGACGCUCGCGCGGCACCGCAACAUCUGCGCCUUCCUCGGCGCGCUCGAGAACGUCGGCAUGGUGCUCGAGUACCUCGAGGGCCGCACGCUCUACGACAAGGUCGGCUACCACGACCAGCUCCUCGACGGCCUCACCCACCUGCACUCGUACGGGCUCUCGCACGGGGACCUCUCGCUGCUCAACAUCCAGGUCACCCGCGCGUCCGACACCGUGAAGCUGUUCGACUUCGGGCGCUCGGUCCACGCGGACUCGCGCAUCCUCGCCCCGGACGACGACGCGGACGACGAGUUCGCGCCCCCUCCCGCGCACCCGCCGCCGCCGCCGCCGACGCCCUCGCGCUUCGCGUACCACGGCCCGUCGACGCCCGCGCAAGCACCGCAGCGGUCCGCGCGCAAGGUCGAGCGGAUAUACCCCGGGACGCGGCCGUUCAGCGCGCCCGAGAUCCUGCGCGGGGAGUGCGCGGACGCGCGCCUGGCGGACGCGUACAGCUUCGGGAUGAUCCUGGUCUGCCUCGACCGCGGGACGCUGGUGGACGUGAAGCCGUGGGAGCAGCGGAAGGACAAGCUUCCGAACGGGUUCUUGGACGGGCUGGAGGUGUUCGGGGCGCGGUGCGAGGAGUAUCUGCGGAGGUGCGAUCAGGGACGGAGGAGGCUUGCGAGGGAGGAUAUGAUGGGUGUGGACGUGACGAUGGUGGAUGGGUUGUGA